AUGAUGGUUACAAACACAUACUAUAAAUCCCGUAACAGUUCGAGCACAUAUUAUAAACCCAGUAACAGUUCAAGCACAUAUUAUAAACCCAGUAACAGUUCGAGCACAUAUUAUAAACCCAGUAACAAUUGGAGCACUUAUUAUAAACCCAGUUACUCCGUUAACAGUUCAAGCACAUAUUACAAACCCAAUAACUGUUCUAACUGUUUGAGCAUAUAUUAUAAACCUAGUAACAGUUUGAGCACAUAUUAUAAACCCAGUAACAGUUUGAGCACAUAUUAUAAACCCAGUAACAGUUCGAACACAAAGUAUAACCCAGUAACUGCUUUGAGCAUAUAUUAUAAACCUAGUAACAGUUUGAGCACAUAUUAUAAACCCAGUAACAGUUCGAACACAUAUUAUAACACCAGGUAA